UUGGCUGGUCCGGAGUGGAGAGGUGUGAUGUCGCCAGUUAUGGAUGAGACAGCUGGGGACCUCCCAGUCAGAGAUGUGGGACUGAUGAGGGGGGGCCUUAUGCCAACUGUCCCAGAUACUCUACGGGAUGUGAAGCCAUGGAAGAAGCAUCAUGUCAUGAAGACAAAAGAUCCUCAGCGCCUGUUUCGGUUUCCCAGAGAGCACCUUGAGGACCUGUGUCUCCGACUGCAGGAGGAGAACAGUGUGCUGAAGCAACACACACGUACACAGGAGCAGAGGCUACGAAGGAUGUCCACCAGACUGAUGCGUCUUCGUCAGGCCCGUCCUGGGUCCAGUGGUGUGAAGGACAGGGACAUGGAGGACACCAUACAGGAGCUGGAAGCUCGUGUUGCCAUGCUGGAGAGCCAGAAAGGGGUGCUACAGAACAAACUCAGCCUGGCCAAGCAGCACAUUAUGGACCUGGGUGGUCGCACACCAUACAAGUUAAGCAAAGGUAAAAGUAUGGAAGUGGAAGGUGCAGUCAGGAGGGCAGCACAGACAGCCCCACCACGCUACGGCCCCACAAUGGAGGACAACAGGGUAGAGAUGGAAAGGCUGUCCAGCAUGACAGAGCAGGUGAGGGUGGCAGAGCUGGAGCUGACCGCCCAGUCCCUCAGAGACACGCUGAGGGAGAAAGAGAAAGAGAUAGAGGGAACAAUGAGAGAGAUGAGGAAGCAGCAGGCUGACAGACACAGAAUAACUAUCAGAGAGAAUGUGGACCUGAUUCGUCUGCAGAAGCAGCUUUCAGAAAAAAGCACUGCCCUGAGAGUUACUCAGGAGAAGUUCAACCACCUGCAAGAAGUGUUUGAGAAACAGCUAGAAGAGAGUCAGAGGUCACUGAAGGAAAGCCAAGGAGCUCUGCUGGAGAAAGUAGAGGAGAUGACUGAGCAGCUGAAGCAGGAGAGGCAGAGAGCACUGGCACUGGAGGGACAACUUACCACCGCUACCCUGUCUCUACAGACCCUGGACAAGCUGCAGGAGAGGAUAAAAGACCUGGAGGGAGAGAGGGAUCUGAUAAAAGAAAACUAUGACACUCUGCUAGAGCGAACUUUGUCCGGCCAAGGCAGAUAUGAUGGCCAUGUGGAAAAAAGUAGCAAAGUAGACCACAGGAGUGAGGACGUGGGGGAAAACAUCUACAGGAUGGAUAUCCGGAGACUGGAGGAAACACUGCAAGCAGAGAGGGAGGAGAGACGCAGACUGGAGCUGGAGAAAGAGGAACUGAGACACGAGAAGCAGAUAUUAGAGGAGCAGAGAGAAAGAGCAGGAGAGAUUUCUGUGAUGACAAGAGACAAACGAGAGCCUCUAGAACAGGAGAUUGUCCGGUACAAAGAGCAGAUCUCUGCUCUGCAGGAUAGACUGGACUCAGUCACUAAGGAGUUUGACAUGAGUGUUGAGGAGCUCAGUGAAACUCUUUUGCAGAUAAAGGCAUUUAGGAUGCAGCAGGAGAGCAGAGAGGGUCUGCAGUUCCUCUGGACUGAAGGGAAAGCUGAGGAUUUGCCCCAUGAGCUGGUAAAUAUCCAGGCAUCUCAUGCUGAGACUGUGCUGGAGUUACAGAAAACCAGAAACCUUCUACUGCUGGAGCACCAAAUCAGUAAAGAUCUGCAGGAGGAGUUGAACAUGGUCAGUCAGAGGAUGGAGAGAGAGAGGGAGGAGAGCAGAAGGAGGAUGGCAGACAAAGACAAACUUUUAUCAAAAAGAGCUCUUCAGAUCAACGCUCUGCAAGACCAGUUGAAAGAGUUAGCAUACGGCCCCAGGAACCAAAAACAGGCCAUACCAAUACAGUACAUCUGGUCAGCUGGAGAUCAGGAGGUGGUACAGCCCAUUGAAGACGACAUGUCUUUUUCUCAGCUGAGAGCCGGGGAGUCACUGUUGGAGAUCCACCUCAAGGCUGCCACCUUUACCCCAGGAGGGCUUCGGACCAUGGGCAGGAUGCGCGCAGGAGUGCUCAGUGGCGAGGACAUUGUGACCUUUUGCACCUACAGCCUCCUGGACUUCGAGGUGCACUCCACUCCUCUGGUGUCAGGCAGCCAGCCCAGCUACAGCUUCACGUCCCGCUAUGCUCUAACACCCCGCGAUCUGGGCAAACUGGGAGGACAGGGGUCAAGGGUUAGAGUGGAGCUCCACCAGGCAUUAGGAGGGGUCAGGUUUAUGACACAUGGAAGUGGGCAGAUGUCUCUCAUGGGUGCCAUGGAGAGGAGAGGGGAGCGUAUCAGUGGACGUGUCGGUAUCACAGGCCCUGAAGGUGAAAUCAUUGGUGUUGUGGAUUUCUGGGUGCGCCUGUACCCUCCUGCUGAACCCAUGGAGGCUGUGAUAGAGAGACCAGCUGAAAGAAGAACAGCAGCAAAGAAGAGUCCCGUGCAGAUAUCUUAUGGUUGGCAAGAAAGCAGCCAUGAGGAGUUACAUGACUAUGGUGGAGGGAUCCCCAAUGAGUUGGUGGUUACGCUGCAGCGCUGUGUGGGCCUCAGCGCUCGCUGGCCAGGACUACUUCCUGAUGCAUACGUGACGUACAGGUUAUACGACCUGCCACCUCACGUCUCUCAAACAGUCCACAGCACUGCUGACCCCAUGUUCAAUGAUACCACCAACUUUCCACUGGCAGUAACAGCUGAUGUGUUGCACUACUUGAGGUCUAGCAGUCUUUGGGUAUAUGUGUUUGAUGACAACGAUGACCAGAUACCACCAGCCUAUCUGGCCAAGACCCCCAUCCCACUGCGAGCCCUGGCUACAGGCAGGGAAAUCAGAGGUGACUAUGUCCUGAGGGAUCCAGCAGGUGGACCUCGAGGUAUGGUCAGGGUCAUAAUAAAAUGGAAGUACCCCUUCCAGCCAACGGACAACUUGAUGGGUAGACAAGGAAGACAGGACAGGACAAUGGAAAGCACUGAGAGGGAGGAGAGGAGGAGAGAAGAGGCUGAGAUGUCACAGAGGCCCAUAGCCAAGCCCAGAGCAAAGACUCAGCUACUUGAGCCACGAGAAACCAAAGUGGUACAGAAAGAGACAAAAGCCCAGCCUCGGCCUCCACCUGUCAGACAGAAAAGUUCACAGAGCAUACGAUCAGAGCAAACUGUCUCUGUGAAACCUCUGGAUAGUCGUCAGUCCACAGACAGGAAGAGAUCCACCAAGAGGUCACCUGAACAUUACCAGGGCAAACACCGUCUGACACCUGAGCCAAGACUGGCCACACCCUCUCGUUUGUCACCUAGCAAAUCUUCAGCUGGAACGUCUCCCAGACAAUCACCAACCACACUGUCGAGGAGAAGCUCUGCCAGGACUCAGGACCUUCUCUCUGUGGAUCAGGUGUCAGGGGAUGAAGAGGAGGAAGAAGAGGGGAAGAGUGAGAGUGCUGCUGCAGGAGACAGUGGAGCUCAUGAGUCUUCAGAUUCAAGUUCCUCACAAAGUGACAUAAUCAUCAUUCCACCUAAACGAAAAAUGAGAAAGGGAGACAAGAUGAGAGUUGAGAUUCUGUCCCUGACCUUUGAACCUUCCUCUCGCGUGGCGCUGGACAAGUCAGUGCAGCGUGUUUACGUGGAGUAUCGGCUGCUGGGCAUUCCCAUGGAGACAACAGAGACGCCCAUGUCCCUCCGUAAACCCACAAAGGGGGAGGAGGUUCACUACAACUUCACCCGAGUGAUCUAUGUGGAUGGUUCACAGUCAGCUCCACUCAGACAGUAUCUUUACACCAUGCUGGAGGGCACUGACCCCAACCAGGGCAGGUUAAAGUUCACAGUGGUCAGUGAGCCGAUGGAUGAUGAUGAGGAGUGUGUGGAUGUCGGACAUGCUUUUCUGGAUCUACAAGAAUUGCUUCUCACAGGAAAUGAUGUUACUGAACAGGAGAUUGACAUCAUGAGUAUGGAUGAAGACAAAACAGUGAUAGGGAGUCUAAAAGUGUCUUUAGAAGCAGCAAAAGCUCUGACUGGGAUAUACCAGGAGUUUCACCAGAAAGAUGACACCAAGAAAGAAGAUGAGACAGGUGAAGAAGAAGAAGAAAAGGAGGAGGAGGAGGAGAAGGAAGAAGAGGAAGAGAAGAAAAAAGAUCACACGGCACAAGGGACAGAUGAUGGUGAUGAGGAUGAAGAUGAUGAAGGUGGUGGUGACUUGUAGUGAAAGUAAAAAAGUAUGAGAUGAAGAGUUGUUGUGUUGUGUAUGAAACAGUUUUGAGCGCUGGGAGGAGCAGUUCAUUUCCUGUUUGUAGCCUUGUCUCCUGCAUUUUGAAAAAGUAAUGAAAUAAAGGAUAAUUUUUG